AUGGCAGGCUUCACGGCAAUAUCGCAGCAACAUGUCCCUCAGCAGCCACCACCGCCGCUACAGAACGUCCGAGCCGCCUUCCAGCCAGACCCGAACCUCAUCGCACGAAUAGAGCACGCCGCACAACAGUAUCGGGGAGCGUUGGACGCGCUGUUCGAGGACAUUGGGAGACAUGUGCUGUCGUCGCGGAGCACGCUCCUGCACAACGGGGAGGCUCAGGCAGCGCCGGCGACGAAGAAGCGCAAACUGGACCGUGCAACGGAAACGAAGCCGGUCGCCAGCAACGGCACAGCACACAAUGCGAUAUCCAGCCCAGCGAUGUCGUUCGAAUGCAAAAAUGUCAGCUUUGCGGUACCGGCGAGAAAGAAGCUCAAGCUACAAGUCAUCACGGACUCGACAGACUCGAGGAAGAGGGAGAUUCGAUUGAUCGACCCCAAGACCGAGAACACCGAGUACACCUUGUCCAGCUCGCAGAUCGAUCAAGUCUUCUGCCUGCCAGUGCCGGAGAAGCAGCAGAGACAGUGGAACUUCUGCAUAUUCCCGCAGGCUGGGCCAACAACAGCAGAAGGCACACCGUGCGAGCAGAUGGUCUUCACCCUCAACGAGACGAAGCCUGACGAUGCGACCUCGACGACACGAGAGAAGCAAGAAGGAGAUACAUAUAUCACAGUCACGGAGCCAGAGCUCAACCAGCUGCUGCAACCAUAUGGCAAGCAUGUCAUCAGACCGACAGAGGACGAAUUCGCCAGCAGCAUACCACAGGCGCAUCGCAAGGACGAGAAGGCAUACCAUGUGAAAGCACACAAGGGCACUAAAGAAGGCUACCUCUUUUUCCUCCCCAGCGGCAUAAUCUUCGGCUUCAAGAAACCCCUCUCCUUCUUUCCCUUCUCGUCCAUCGAAGCUAUCUCCUACACCAGCGUCCUCCAACGCACCUUCAACCUCGUCAUCUCCGCCACCGAAGGCCUCGGAUCGGAAUCCAAGGACACGGAGUUCAGCAUGCUCGACCAGGCCGACUUCGCAGGCAUUGAUGAGUACAUCAAGAAACACGGCCUGAACGACGCGUCAAUGGCGGCAGAACGCAAAGCGAAGGCAUACAACGUCAACAAACCAAAGGAAGACGCGAAUGGUGCGGUGGCGAAUGGAGGUGCAGAGGAAGAGAGCGAGCUGCACAAGGCGGAGCAGCAGUUGCAGGAUGAGGAGGACGACGAGGAGGAAGACUAUGAGGAGAGUGGUGGAGAGAGUGAUGGGUCGGGGGAUUAUAGCGAUGAAGAGGAAGAGGAGUAUGGUGAUGAGGGAGACGAGGAAGGUGCAGAGGAUGCCGAGCUUGAUGAGGAUGCACAGAACGAAUGA